CAUAUACAUGUAUAUAUAUUAUAUGGUUAAAGGUUUCUAUUUUAAGUAGAUUGUUUUAGGAGUUUAAUAAAUGAACACAUGUACGCAACUACUACCUAAAUAAACAGUUCCAUCACUUCCUACAUUCUCUUGAGCCAUUUGCCAUCUAGGCUGCUCUCCCAUUCACAUGCAAACUAGAUGCACUCAGCAGUCCAGUUCAUGGCUUUUUUUUGUGGAUAUAAUCUUUUGAGAUAGAUUUGUUAACAUGUUUUAGUGGCUUAUUUUCUCUUUUCCCAUUGUUUCUACAGGCUUCACUUUUAAUCUGUUGAUGAAAAUUUAGUUGUUUCAAUAUUUCGACUAAUACUAAUGAAAUUAUGAUGGAUUUUGAAAGAAAACUUACAGCACAGAACUGUUUUCUGUGUGCGGAAUGGAUGAAUCAUUAGGGCAGACACACAGAGAGAAAACUCACAUUGUUUUAAAUCUUGCUUUCAACAGUUUACUCUCAUGUCAGCAAUGCUUGAGUGCUUGCUACGCUGUAUCUUCACUAACACUUAGGAUCCUGAGUGGUUUUGUUUUGUUUGGUUUCUUUUUACUCCAUUGGCUAAACAGUGGUUUCUCACGCUCAUUUCAAAAUUUACAUGUCCGCAUUUCUGAAUUCCCAGUCAUUUCCAUCUUACCAGAUGGCACUUUGGAUUUAUAGCUUAAAAAAAUGUAAUGAUUAUACCAUUUUACAGGAAAAGGAAUUAAAAUAACAAACCAUUAAUUGCACCAUUUUCAUUCUCUCUGGGUAAAGGGUAUCUUUCUUUGUUACAUUUUAGUAUCUAGCAUGUGUCUGGUGAAUCAUCUCUACAUGUAUUAUCUGCUGUUAUGCAGUAAACUCUCCUGAAUUGUAUGUCCCCAGUGGUUCUGAGUUAUAUAAGAAAGCAUGCUUAGUAAACCACAGAAAGCAAGAAAACAAGCAAGACCUUUCCCCCCAUCAUCCCUGCUUCGGUUCCUGCUUUGAGUUCCUGUCCUUGCUUCCCCUAAGGGUGGAUCGUGAUCCUAACAUUCAAGCCAAAUAAUCCUUCAUCUCCUAGUUGUUAACUUGACACAAGGUAGGGUCAUCUAGGAGAAGGGAAUCUCAAUUGAGAAAAUGUCUCCAUAAGAUGGACCUAAGGCAAGUCUGUAAAGCAUUUUCUUGACUAAAGAGUAAUUGGGAGGGCCCGGCUCAUGAUGGUUGGUACCACCCAUACACUGGUGGUCCUAGGUGGUAUAAAAAAAUUGAACAAUCGAGUAACUUCUUCCUCUAUGACCUUUGCUUCAGUUUUUGUCUCCAGGUUCCUGUCCUGCUUGGGUUCCUGGUUUGGCUUCCCGGAAGGAUGGACUGUGAUCCAGAAAUGUAAGCCAACGAACCCUUCCUCCCCAAGAUACUUUUUGUCAUUGUGUUUAUCUCACCAGUAGGAAACAAACUAGAACACAGAGUAGACUGGAAUCAAAUCUGGCAGUUAAGUCACCUGGACUGUGGUGGUUCCCAGGAUCUUCAGAGCAGGUGAGCUGUUCAGAAGGCCACAGUAUCUUUGGAAAUAAGAAGAACAGGAUCACAACACAGAGGGGAAUAAUGAAUGCUUAUUCAGGUUGGAAUCCUUAAAAGACCUGACAUAUUUAAAAAGCCUACUUAUAAUUUAUUAAAACUAGUCUGUGUAUUUCUGAAAAAUCAACAUUAAACUGAGUAGGACAGCUUUCUAUAACUUAAAAAAAAAUGCACUUGGAAAACCCACAAAGUUAGUGAGUGACGUGUCUUCUUGGAUGUCUCAAUCAGGAACCAGAGUUUUCCAUGGGAGGUGGCAGAAAGUGGGCUUUGUACACGCUUCUGGAAUGCAAGAAUGAAGGAGGAGUAGAGAGAGGCUCAAAGUCCUCCUCAAGAAUGCAGGCACCAAGUCAGCUUAAAAGGUGAAGCCGGCAGAGUGGCUGUAACUGAAGCCUAGAUGACAAUCCUGAGGUAGAAACAAGUCAAAUUGCCUCCCUCAUCUAUGAAGAGAUCCUCUUGCUAAAGAUGUAGCCGUUAUGUGUCCCUUCCCCUCUCCACCUGGGCAAGUGCCCUGUGCAGUUAGAAGUACUGAAGAAACAAUGAAAAGUUUCAGAGCAAACUCUGCUUUGGAUACUGAGCAAGCUCAGUUUUCAGUCUUCCGCAUAGUGUGACGUCGGUGACUCCAGAUUUGAGUUGUGGGAGCAUUGGGCUUCGUUGCUGGGUGGGGAGUCAGAGAAGACUCUUAAAACAGUCUAUCCCUAUUGUAUUUGGCCUCGACCGAAUCAACAACUGUUCGUGAGGGAGUGACUUUGGCUAUUCUGAAUAGUUGACUUCGAACAGAAGAAGAGGGGUUCAAAUGUCUGGCUGUGGUAAUAAGACUGUGUGUGGAGCAAAGGAAGAGUCGUGCUUCCCCUUUGUAAGACGCAGGGUGCUGUCGAAGAAAUACAGGAGCCAGCCAUAGGAACGUUCAUCUGGCUUCCUGCGUCAGUGCUUUCUGUACUUGAGCCCAGGUUAGCCCCGAAGCACAACAUCUGGCCAAGGUGCAGAAGAGCAUCUUUGCCAUCUCUUUUCUUCUCGGAGCAUCUUCUAGAAGAUUUUUGAAGACUGACAUCCAUGCUUUUGGUGGCACCAGGAAGUGGGUGACACGUACACCCCAGAUAAGUCCUGUUCACCGAAGAUGCUCAGAUCAUAGGGCGGGCGGGCGAGUUGUGUGUGGACACAGGGCACAAGCUGGGUGGGGAGGAGGGGCUGCCUGAAAGCCAGAACCGACUCCUUCGCUACCCGGCGCUCAAGGUACGCGGCGGGGCGGUACUUCCUGACCCCGGAAGAGAAAGUUGUUUUGGGGAAGGGGAGCUAGGAAAAAAAAAGGCACGGUGAGUAAAAUGAAAACUCCGAAGUAGUUUUGCUCUCUCUGGCCUUCCGUUCCUGUCCACCUUCGGACCUUUUUGGGGCGCGGCUCCCUCUAGAGUCGCACGCUGUGCGAAUGCCCGCGGAGGAGGGGACCGCAGGAGCACCGUCUCCCGACCCUCCGGGGAGCCGGGUCUCCAGGAAAACCCGGAGCGGAGCAUCUCCGGCCGGGACACGCCCUCCGCAUGCGGCCGUGUGCGCAUGCCCAGUGCGCGGCGGCCGCGAGUAGGAAGCGGAGCGCGGCGGAGGGGGCGGUGGGAGGGGACGCUCCGACUGUGGCGAAGGCGCGGGACGCGGCGAGGGUUCCCGCGGCUUCCUCAGAACGUUCGGAACCGUGGAGCCCUUGCGAGGCGUGAGCGAGCUUGGGGCCAGCAACGAGUGCGGAGCGGGCGGCGGGCGGGGAGCAGCGGGGCGGCCGGGCGGAGCGGGCUCCGAGCCCCGGGCUCCGCGGCUCGGCGGGACACGACUCUGGUGUUGGAGGCGGCGAUGUUCCACUGCAUUCCCCUGUGGCGGUGCAACCGUCAUGUGGAGGCCAUCGACAAGCGCCACUGCUCGCUGGUCUACGUCCCGGAGGAGAUCUAUCGCUAUGCCCGCAGCCUGGAGGAGCUGCUGCUGGACGCCAACCAGCUCCGGGAGCUCCCCGAGCAAUUUUUCCAGCUAGUGAAAUUACGGAAGCUUGGACUCAGUGAUAAUGAAAUUCAGCGGCUCCCUCCGGAAAUAGCAAACUUCAUGCAGCUGGUGGAACUCGAUGUGUCUCGGAAUGAUAUACCCGAGAUUCCAGAAAGCAUCUCCUUCUGCAAAGCGCUGCAGGUAGCUGACUUCAGCGGAAACCCUCUCACCAGGUUGCCCGAGAGCUUCCCUGAACUACAGAACUUAACAUGCCUUUCUGUAAAUGACAUCUCGCUACAGUCUCUGCCGGAGAAUAUUGGAAAUCUCUAUAACCUGGCUUCACUGGAACUGAGAGAGAACCUUCUUACGUAUCUUCCUGACUCUCUUACCCAACUAAGGAGACUAGAAGAACUUGAUUUAGGAAACAAUGAAAUCUAUAGUUUGGUGCAGCUUGGAAAUGCUUCGGCUUCAGACACUGAAGAAUGUCCUUCAGUUCACAGUGGUUAAGAAAUGUGCUUUGGGGAGAGUGAGGACUAGAGGUCUGAGCAUUCGGGGACAGGUUCGCAUUCUAGGUUUGGGAGUCUCAGGGGCAGCGUUGAUACCAGAGAGGCAAGAACUAACCCAGCUGUGGUACCCGUUCCCAUUUGAUGACUCUUCCUUCCAUAAUGGAAGAUGGAGGUCUAGGGCCUUGUUACUGUAAUGUCACCUUUUG